AUGAAGAACAGAAAAAACUGGUGCAGCUAUCUACGAAACCAGUGGAAUCGCCACCGCCAAGGCGAAAAUGACGAGCCACAAGUGCCAAAGCAUACGGGCGAACGCUGUCAACAGCCAGGCCCUUCUAACCUGUCCCCGAUGUCAACACACGUUCCGUGCACGUAUCAGCUUGGUCGGUUAUCUCCGUACGCCGUGCACUCUCCCUCCGACGACAUCUGCUCGUACGGCGUCAAAAACCUCAACAGUCUCUCCUAUGUCCAGUACUUCGUCGAAGACCACCUUCACCACGGAAGUUCAACCACCCGAUGCCUCGCUGCCGACACCCACCAACUGCUAAUCCUUACUGUCUUCAACCUCAACCACCACCAACACCACACUCCUAACUUUUGCCAUCCCCUCCAACGCAUCACUUCCUGCCAAGACUUUAAUAACCACAUCUGA